AUGCCUCCGAAGAAGAAGGACGACCCCAAGGGCAAAAAGCCUUCAGCGGCCAAGGUUGCCGAGGACAAGACCUUUGGUAUGAAAAAUAAGAAGGGUUCUGCAGCCCAAAGGCAGAUCAAGCAGAUUCAAGCGUCAGCCAAAGCCGGAGGCAGCGCAGAAGAGAAAAGGAAGCAGGCCGAAAAGGAGGCUCGAGCCCGUGAGAAGAAGGCCGCCGAAGAUGCCAAACGAGAAGCAGAUGCUUUACUCAACAAGCCAGCACAGAUUCAGAAAGUUCCCUUCGGCGUCGAUCCCAAGACCGUUGUCUGCAUAUUUUUCAAGAAAGGAAACUGUGAGAAGGGAAAGAAGUGCAAAUUUGCACACGAUCUCUCGGUUGAACGAAAGACGGAAAAGAAGAACCUAUACACAGAUGGCCGGGCAGAAGAAGAAGAGCAGAAGAAGCAGGAGACAUCUGAAGACUGGGAUGAGGAGAAGCUGCGAAAGGUAGUCCUUUCCAAGAAGGGCAACCAAGUCACUACCACCGAUAAAGUCUGCAAAUACUUCAUCGAAGCAAUUGAAGACGGAAAAUACGGCUGGUUUUGGACAUGUCCGAACGGAGGAGAUAAGUGCAAGUAUAGACACGCUCUUCCACCUGGUUUCGUGCUUAAGACGAAAGAGCAACGAGCAGCUGAGAAGGCACUUAUGGAUAAGUCUCCUCUCAAGACUCUCACCCUCGAGGAUUUCCUGGAGUCGGAGAGGCACAAGCUUACUGGAACGCUCACUCCUGUCACCCCGGAAACUUUUGCCAAGUGGAAGAAGGACCGCUUAGACAAGAAGGCAGCCGAAGAACAGGCUCGCCAAGCCAAGGAAUCGACUGGUCGUGCCUUGUUCGAGAGUGGCAACUGGAGAUUCACGGAAGAUGAUGAGUCCGAAGAUGAAGACGAAGACGAUAGUGCCUGGAACCUGGAGAAGUUAAGGCAAGAAACACAAGCGAUCCGAGACAAGAAAGAAGCGGAACGGCUAGCAGCUGCAGCAGGAUACUCAGCUGAUUCUAGCCAACCCCCGGGUACCGGCGAUGGUACACCUGUAGCCGCAGGCGCCUGA